AUGGCAGCCUCUCAGCUGGCCGCACUGGAAGGAGAGGAGUUGGGGGCUGACGAGCCAACCCUGACCAAGGCCAGCUCUGCACUCUUGUACUCUGAGGGCCAGCGGCUGGCACUUGAAGCCCUGCUGAGCACUGGUGAGGAGGCCUUCUGGGCCUGCAUACAGCAGGAGAGGCUGCCCCCCUUCCUGAGCACAGAUGAGGCUCAAGCCCUGGCUACAGCUGCUGAGGACUGGACAGUGCCAAGCCAGGAGCCUGGUGCAGCAGGCACGGGAACGGCCAUCACUGAUGGGGACGUGGGCAGCCUGACCUACUGGCCUAGGCAAUCUGAGGAGCCGGCACCCCUGCUGCGGCUGGGCUGGCCUGAAGACACUGCCUGGAAGGGCAUCACCCGGGCACAGCUCUACACCCAGCCACCCAGCGAGGGCCAACCACCCAUUAAAGAGUUGAUACGCCAGGAAAUCCAGGCUGCUCGCAAGCUGGUGGCUGUCGUCAUGGACGUCUUCACCGAUCCUGACCUGCUCAGAGACAUGGUGGAUGCUGCCACGCGCCGAUGGAUUCCUGUCUACUUACUUCUUGACCACCAGCACCUGCCUGCCUUCCAGGCACUGGCCCAGCAGUUAGGGGUGAACUUGUGGACCACUGAGAACCUGGAUAUCCGGACCGUGCGGGGCCACACCUUCCAGAGCCGCAGGCGUCGGCAGGUGAGCGGUCACGUGCGGGAGAAGUUCCUGCUGCUGGACGGUGACAGGGUCAUCUCGGGAUCCUACAGCUUCACGUGGAGUGACUCACGCCUGCACCGGGGCCUGGUGACCUUGCUCACUGGAGAAAUCGCAGAUGCCUUCAGCCAGGAGUUCCGUGUCCUGUACGCGGCCUCUCAGCCGCUCCCACCAGCACCAGCCCGAAGCCCUCUGUUCAGUCCUCCCGAGGGCCCACAGCUGCCCCGAAGCCCACACCGUGUGGCCUCGCGCUGUCCUGUGGCCCCUGUAGCGCCCUUGCUGUCUGAUGGGCCUUUGGCUCACCGCCUCACUGCCUGUCACAUCCUCGAGGGGGACAAACGGGAAAGCCCCGCCACCAUAGGGCCAGCUCUCAGUGACAUCUUGAGGAGCGUUCAGCGCACCAGGACAACCAGUGGUCCCCCAACCCGACCCAGCCGCUCCCUGUGGGACCUUAGCCGCCUGUCCCAGCUCUCUGGCUCCAGUGAUGGUGACAAUGAGCCCAAGAAGCCCUGGGACUCCAAGGACACUCCGGCCAGGGCCCUGAUGAGGCAGCGGGGCACCGGAGGUGGGCCCAGAGCUGAGGUGGACUUCCGGGCACAGCCCUGGGGUGGCCCCCUACCCUUGAUUCCAGCUCGCCGCCUGCGUUACCUAUCCCCAGCCCAGAGGAGAUUGGGGGACAACGCCACCACAUCAGACUGGGCCUCUGGCUCAGGCUCUGGAAGGAGACGCUAACCGGAGCCCUGGCCAGCCAUGGGUCAGUUUAGGGCGCCACCCGGACAGUGGCUGUGUCUGAGGCCUCUAGUCUAGGAUCUUGGCAGCAGAAGGGAUUGGUCUUAAUUGAUCUAGAAUUGGGUGAGCUCACCAGAGCUAAGGGCUCAGUGUUACCAUCUGGGAAAUGGGCAGAGGGUUCCGGAGCAGCAGAGAGGGCUGCUGCAGACAGGCUCAGCUGCCUCACCGUGUGCUGUAUAGAGAGAUAGUGGGGCAACCCCACGGCAGAGAAGAUGCGGAUAAAGUGAGUCCAGGAGAGGAGAAUUAUGGGGAUAGAGGUUAAGGGGGGGAUAGGCAAAGCUGAAAAAAAAACCAUAGGUCUGGAAAGUACUGGGGACAC